AUGGCAUCCAAGGAUGAAUCUUGUGAACCUUCAGAUGACACAAUAAAAUUUUCAAUUUUGCAAAAAAAGGAUAAAUCUGAAUACAAACCUCGUUGUGGAGGUCGUGUUUGUCCAGACUGUGGAAAGUGCAGUGAUUGGUUUUAUACUGAGUCCGAUUGGGAUCAUGUUUGUAAUUGGCAGAAAUGGAGCAACAAGGAUUGGAUGCGUUAUGGUGAGCAUGUUGUUCGUGUUAAUAAGAAUGAUAGAUAUCGAACAGCUUGCUCUUGUGAUUGUCCCGUUGCUGAUUAUUAUCAUUGGCAGUAUCGCUCCGGUCCUGAAUGGGAUCGUCAUAGCGGUAAAUCUCAUUGUUGGCAGAAACGUGAAGAUGCUACAUGCAAAUGUCCUUGGAGUCUUCCUGGUUAUGGUUAUACUAGUGGUGGUAUUUAUCAAGGUUGUCUUCAUCAUCAUAAUCGUGAUUAUGGUCCUUGGUGUAUGUGCAGAAACAAUAUACCUGAAGAAUAUUUCGAGAAAAAAGCGCGACAGCGUUUCCCCUCACCUCAACCCAAAAAUACAAAAUCACUUAUCGAUAUCGAUGAUGUCGAAUAA